UUUAAGUGUACAUACUGAUUUAUCUUCCGUAUUUAAAGUUGUCUGCGAGGCAUACUUCAGAGAUAAGCAAAACAAAGCAAUGUUCUCUUUCGUGUUUUGAUGACAGAUUUUGUUGCGCCCUUAAGCACGGUGACAACCUUGGAGACACAUCGAUUCCCCGCCAAUCUUAAUGCAACAAACGCAAACGGUUUCGCUUCCCGCCGACAACUCUAAUAUUGUUGUUGUAGUUGUUGUUUUUUUGUUUCUCAAUAUUAAUUCGUAAAAAGUUGGGUCAUUUACUGGACGAUAAGUGUUUUUAUUUAAUUGCAGAAUGGCCUCGUAUUCUGAAAUUACAUUUACACAGACCUUGGCAAAGGUCCUCUUGAUAUGGCCGCUAAGAAGAAUAUGCGUGUACGUAAUUCCAAUGCAAACUGUCGCAGGGUUUUUAGAAUGAAGUUAAACUAAUUAGACAAACUUUCUCGAUUUCAUUCAUAAGCAUGUCAAGCGCAGUUGUGUUUGGCGGCAUAAAGAAAGCAUACCAUCCUAAAAUAAUUAGCAUGCACACGUAUUUAAUUCAGCACAAUUCAGUUUUGUCUUUGUAAGAUUAUCAUGGACGAGCUGAUUAAUUUGAACGUAUCGGUGGUGAACACUUGCCCAAAUUAUGUCGUGUGUUUCCUUGAGGUCACCGUUGUCAUUGCCGUAACGUCUCUGAUCGUGCUGGGGAACUUCUUGACCCUAGUCGUACUCGUGUCCACACCCUCGCUGCGGAACAGCCAUGGACUCUUCUUGAGUUCCCUCACCCUAGCCGACUUUGGGACCGGUUUGGUGUCGGCACUGACGGUCUAUCCUGCGGCCACGUUCCUGGGCACCGUGGAGGCUUGGCCGUACGGCGAGGUUGGCUGCCUGGUGGCGGCAUUCUGUAGCCAGCUGUUCUCCAGCACAUCCCGGCUCACCUUAGUACUACUCAGCAUCGAGCGUUACAUCGCCGUGGUCUUUCCCCUCAAAUACUCCCAAGUGAUCACCAAGAAAGUGGUCCUGGUAAUGCUCGGGACCUGCUGGACGAUUGUGGCCGCGGUUAACCUGGCGGCCUUGCUCGAGUUGACGGGCUUUACCUACGUUCCCGAGAUGUACCAGUGCCAACCCUCGUUCUUCGGCGACCCUGUGGUCGCUCUGGUCUUGAUAUUCUGCCUAGCGGCGCCCAGCUUUUUCAUCAUUCUGGCGACUUCGGUGAUCGUCAGCAGGAGACUCAGCCGUAGCGCUCGUCUCCGGGCGGACAUGACGACGUCAUCUCCGAAAGCAACAGCAAGCCAGGAGGACUCUCGUAAGCUGAGCUCACCAAAGACAGUCAAACUCUUCAGAAUGGUCAGGGUGAUGGUGAUGGCUGUUUUCGUUUGCUGGGUGCCGUUUUUCAGUGUUGCCAUCGUGUCCCUAAUCACUGGUACAAAAGCACAGCAACUGAUUGUGUUCACUGCCUACUGGCUGCUGCAGUCCAGCAGUUUCAUCAACACUAUUAUCUACUUUCUGAUGAACGGUUCAUUCCGAUGCAGGAUGCGUGAAAUCUUGAGCAGCAUCACACCUAAUGUCUUUCUCGGGAUAUCAUAUAGUAGAAGUUCAGUCUUCAGUUGCCGCAUCCCCAUACAGCCAGGCCUCAGGCCCCUCGAACGUAGCGGCCGGGUAAAUCGCCAUAGCCGCUACCACGCCGACACCAAAGUCAGCUACGGCCAGUGAAAUCAAAACGUAGCCGUGACUGUUGUUCCGGAGCGACUCUGUAGACACCAGCACGACUAAAGUCCCGAUGUUCCCAAUUAAAAUAAGACACGUUAAGGCUAUGACUACCACGAGAUCGACGAAGCACCACGCUGGCUUUGGACAAAACUCCACCAACUCCGAAGAAUUAUCCAUUGUGUAAUUAUUAUUAUCCAUCCUCGUUUAAUUAUCGAUCCUUAUUUAACAGUUGUCUGACAUAUACGAAACCACCACCGCUUAUUAUAUACAAGCCACAGAACCAUAAAUGACUGUUGAGUUUCCUAAAGCCCUUAUAUAAGGGAAUCAGGCAAAGCGAAGUGGAGCGACCGCCAUCGUCGAGGUCAUUUUCUAUUCAUCAAAUUGACAAUUAGAAAAUGUCCUUGUCCGACCUUUUUCUAAAAGGCACGCCAUGGUGUAUCAUAAUCGUGCUUUCAGCUACAUGUGUAGCUGGUAUAAAAACGGUAGUUUCUCAAGGAUGAGUGGUUUUAAGCGGAAAAAAUAACUGUUUUCUAUAGAAUCAAAUAUAGAAUUUUAUGGUAAUUUUGGCGUUGUUUUUGCGCCUGGUGUAAUUGAUUGUUUACAAACGUCGCCGCGCCGACAAUAUACCUCUAAUUAAACGUUCUUCGCUAGGGCGUGCGCGUCAGUUCACUUCAACAUCACAUUUAUUUGCACGGUUCUAUGAAAAACCCAACAGUCAUGUACAAUUUGUGAAAUGGGGAAAUACAUUUAAUGUAAAAUAAACGUAUGAAGAAUUGGUAAGUUAUGUCAUACCAAAUUUUCUAUAGAGUUCUAUAUAA